AUGGUGUCAAACCCCGUUAUCCCCACUAGAGAAAUACCACCACGAGUUCUAGCUGAAGUUUGCGCCGCAAUCCAGACCAUGAAAGCAGCCACGGCUCCGGGACCGCAUCAUGUUUCGGUCGACCUCUUACGAACUGGAGGACAUCGCCUACACGAGAUACUUGCAGAACAUCUAACGUCCUACCUUCAAAAGGAAAAAUCCUCGACCAAUGGAGAACCUCCCGAACAAUCAAGAAGG